AUGAAUGACAGCAUUUUAACAGCAAGUCCUAUGAGGCUUGAAGAUAACAUUAUAGAGCUAACUCCCCCCCCUCCGUGAGUGAACAAAAAAAUUUUGUUCACUCACGGAGGGGGGGUUAAUUUUUUUUUUUAAAACAAUUUCUAUAUAAAUUUUAUAAGAAAUAUUUUUUUUCGAAAUUUAAAAAAAUCCCACUUCGCAAAAAUUGGAAAGCAAAUAUUAAUUUAAUUUAUAAAAAUUUAUGUUUUAAAAAGCAAUUCGUUCAAAAUUAAACAGAAUUAGCUCUAGAUUUCAUUAUACUAAUUAUCACUUAUAUAUCAAAAUUGUUUUCCUUAAAAAAUUUUUCUAUUAAAAAAAUUUUUGUUCACUCACGGAGGGUGGGUUUUUGGGCAAAAAAUAGCGAUUUUUCUAAUGGUUUUGUUCACUCACGGAGGGGGGGAGUAAGCAAACUUGCAAGUGAACAAUUAAGAAAAAAAAAUUUUAGACACAGCCUUUAUUACUUAAAUCAGGCCCUUUUUACACUGAAAUUUUUCCCAUCAAAUUCGUCUAAAGAUAAGCUGAGGGCUUUGGUUUAUAACAACCUAGGCUGCUAUUUAAGAAAAGUAGGCAAAGAAUCACAAGCAAUUGCGUACUUUGAGAAAAUAAUUGAGCUUUCUGAAAGCUCUUUUAUAUACCAUUCUAUAUUGGUAUCAAAAUUUAUUAUUUAAAUAUAUUUAUUCAAUAAAAUUUAGCUUAGAAGUAGAGAAUUUAGCAAGCACUUAUCUGAAUUUAUGUGGAAUCUUAUCUGAAAGAGGCAAUCACGAAGAAGCCAUAAGCUACGCAUCUAAAGCCUGUAGCUUGCUAAAAGUGGCACAAAAUAAGUCAAAUAUAAAAACUCUUGCAAUUGCUCAUCAUAGCCUAGGACUAGAGUAUGAACAUUUAUCAAAACAUGGAAUAUACAUAAAAUGGCGUAUGGCGACCGACCCACCCUCCCAGUGGUGGUUACCCAUGUAUAUCCGGGCAUGGUUUUUGGAGCCAGGAAUUCGCCCAACAACGUCCGGGACCUCGAAGCGAGAGGCCUAAGCGCGAGAACCGCUGUUUUUGCGACCAGACCCAUGGGCAGUUAUUCGUGACUUCUUUUUGCCAGCAGCGCUCAGCCCAGUGAGUGCCCGAAAUGAGGCAGGGCGAAUUACCUGCCUAAGCUGCUUUAGUGGCUCGCCCGAAUGGCGAAAGCUGUUGAGUUCUUUCUCGGGAUGACCGGAAAAGAGGGGAGGCGAGUUAGACAUCGAGACGGGGGUCUCUCCAGUUUAAAAGGUGCCCUUCAAUGGGCAGAUCUGGCGGACGACGAAGCGGAGUUGGCGUAAACUUAGCGACGAUCCAAGUUGGAAAUGGAGGUGGUCAGCAAAGCCGGUAUAAGACGGCCCUUGACAAUACCUCUACCGAGAAACCGGGGGUUUCGGCCCGGGCUUGGUGAACGCUCUGCCACCACACGGGAAACCGUGGCAUGCGACCUCGGACGUAGUAGGGACUUUAAAUACCCAGCGUAAUCUUAAUCUUAAUCUUAAUCAAAACAUGAAGAAGCCUUAGAAAGUUUAAAUUUUGGCUUAAAAAUUUGCAGUUUUAACUUCGGCAAUAAUAAUCCCCUCACAAUUACAAUUAAAAAUUGUAUUGAAAGAGUUAAAAGAAAAGCAAAAAAUUUGAGGUCGAUUAAGGAUAAGUUUUUAUCAAAACUUGCGAGUAAAAGGCCGUCAAUUCCUACAGAUUUAUAUCAUAAAUAUAUUUUAGGGAAAAGUAAGCCAAAGCAAAGGAAUUCUGAUGAAAAUGACUCAGUUAAAUUCAAAUUUAACUAUGAUUUACCAUUUUUUAAUCAUCAUAAAAGGCGAUCAUGCCCAGAGCAGCCAAGAACUGCAUUUAAUAGGCGCAGAGGAAGCCCAAUUAUAGAUAAUAUUCCUAUGAUUGAUGAAGAAACCCAAAUGUUCACCCCACAAAUCCCUUUCCCUAGCCAAAAACCUAACAAAAGCUACAUUUAUUCCCCAAAUCUUGAUAAAUCUACAAGAGCUGACACCCUUAGAAGCACUUGGUCGCCUAAAAGAAACAAUAAAUCCAGAAUUAAUUCACAAAGGCAUCAUGAUGAAGAAAAAUUAGCAGCCACAAUCAUACAGUCCUGAUGACGAGGAAUAUGUGCAAGGAGAAAAUUUAAUCAGUUGAAAAUUAUGAUAAAAAUAAAGAAAGCUGAACUCACUGCAAAAAUUGCAUUAAAUGAGGCUGCUUGCUUAAAGAAAAUUGCUGCUAAAAAAUUUGGAGUCUGGAUGUCAGGGAAGUCUAUUGAUGUAUAG